CGGUGUCAAAACUUCAACCUAAUUAUUUUAUUAAAUUAAAAUAUGGAAUUUUAUUAAAUUAAAUACUGCAAAUAUGUUUAAAAUGUUUAGAAAAUGCUGACAAAAUUACAGUUUUUGGAAAAUAAUAUACAAACAUGGUAAAUACUGUUAAAAGGAAAUUUAUGAAUUGAAAGGAAAACACAAACUUUUUUGAGAUCCAAAACCCAUCUCAAAAAUGAAGCACAUUUUCAAAAUCCUCCAACGAAACCUGAGCCGGAGAAGCAGCAACCACCACAACACCAACCAUUAUCAAAACUUAAUCUUCGGCAAAUAUUUGCUCCUGACCAACACCGUCAGCUCCGGCCUUUUGAUGGCCAUCGGCGACCUGGUCCAACAAGAGAUCGAAUACCGUCGCAAAAUCAUCCCCAAACGAUACGACUGGGCCAGGUUAUUCAGGAUGACGACCGUCGGCACCGUCCUGGGCCCCGUCCACCACUACUAUUACACCUGGCUGGACAGGAAGCUACCAGGAAUGGAUUUGGUGACCGUUUUCAAAAAGAUGGUACUCGAUGAAAUAGUGGCGGCACCUGUGUGCAUCGCUCUGUUCUUCUACGGAAUGGGUGCGAUGGAAAGGAAAACUAUCGAGGAGCACCAGGAGUUGAAGGAUAAGUUUAUGACUGUGUUUUUGGUCGACUUGCUGAUUUGGCCGCCGACGCAGUUUGUUAAUUUUUAUUUCAUCCCUUCGGCUUAUAGGGUUGUUUAUAUUAAUUUUAUAACGAUGCUUUAUGAUGUCUUUUUGUCGUAUGUUAAACAUGUCGAGGAACCCAAAAAAGUAAAAGGGUAGUAAUGGAUAGAUGAAUACAUUUUGUGAUAAUAUAUAUUUGUUAUUCAUAUAUAUAUAUAUAUAUAUAUAUAUAUAUAUAUAUAUAUAUAUACAUUUAUGUAAAAAAGUACAAGGC